CGAGUGACGAUGAAAUUAGACGUGAGCUACACUGAACACUCCCACAUCAUUGGCAAAGGGGGUUUGACGAUUAAGAAAGUAAUGGACGAAACCGGCUGCCACAUACAUUUUCCUGACUCGAACCGUUCAAAUCCAAACGAGAAAAGCAACCAGGUUUCAAUCGCAGGCGACAUUGCAGGAGUGGAGAAGGCACGGGCUAGUCUUCGUGCAGUCACUCCACUUAUUUUCAGUUUCGAGUUGCCUGUUCUUGGGGCCAACCAGACCGUCCCUGAUCUCAACUCUCCUCGCGUGCAACAAAUUCAGGAGGGAUACAAUGUGCAAGUAAUGUUUCGUUCGCGGCCUAAAUUACAUGCUACUCUGGUGGUUGUGAAAGGACAUGAACGUGAUGUGGUUAAUGUGAAAAAGGCUACCAUGUUGCUCAUCAAAUACAUGUGUGAUUCUGUCGCUAGCCAGAUCAAUGUGCAAAUGACUAUCGAGAUCUCACCCCAACAUCAUGCUGUUGUUCUUGGGACUAAUUCACUGCAAUUAAAAGGAAUCAUGCAACGCACUCAAACCCAGAUAAUGUUUCCAGAUGCUUUAGACCCAAACAUCCCAUCUUUGAGACGCAGCUGUGUGACAAUAAUUGGAAACAUUGAUGGGGUUUAUAGUGCUAGGCAACAGCUAAUUGGUUCACUGCCUCUUGUGAUGAUGUUUGACUUGCCAGAUAACGUAGGCACGACUGACCCAGAUAAUAUAAAUAAUUUAAUGAAAUCUUUAGAUCUGGUGAUUCAAGUUCGUCAUAAACCCAAACAGAAUACUAUGUCCGUUAUUAUCAAAGGCAUUGAGAGAAAUGCAACAAAAAUGUAUGAAGCCCGUAACAAACUUCUGAAUAUUACUGAACCACGAAUUGUAGCUGACAUACCCCCAUCAUAUCAUGUACCGAGUGGUGCAGAAACCAUUGCUCUUCCAAUAUUAUCACAACCACCAUUAUCACCUGUUUUGUCGCCAUUGCCUUGGAAUCCUCUUGGUAGUCCAUUUACUUAUGCUCUACCAACUGCUUUACCAACAGCAGCUUCACCUACUUCAAGUAUACCUCAACCAUUUAAACUGAGAUCAUUGCAAGGAAUUGGCGUACUGAGUAAUGUAGAUUCUAGUCAAGAUUCAUCAGGAUACCAGAGUUAUACUAGUAGUAGCAGCAAUUCAUUAGAAUUCCCAAAUUCUAGCUGUUCUUUAUCCAACAGUCCAAGAAAUAAUUCUCCUGGAUCACUAUCAACUACUUCUACUACUAAUCAUCACUCGCAAUAUAGCUCUCUUGGAUCCACAAGUGGAGUCGGUUCUACUAGUGCCAUAAAUGAUCUCACUGCCUCAAUGUAUGACUUGUCGACUACGGAUAGAAGAGCUCCUGGAUGUGAAAAGGCAAUGAAUACUCCCAAAGGAUUAUCUAAAACUAUUGGUAAUUCUACUAAAACAGAAUCUGGAAUAACUCCAGAAAUGGCGCGAAUGAAAAUGAUGGCUUUGAAAGCUUUGAAUAUUCCUCCAGCAGGAGAACUUAGAAUUCCCAAUUCCAACUGGGCUGGAUAUGGGUUCAGUCAAACUUCGCAAGGUCUCCAAUCUAUUUUUACGGAGGAUGAUGAUGUUUGGGCACCUACACAUCAAGUCACCAUGUCUUCUCCAAUGAGAAAUUCGUUGACUGGUCCAGGAAAUGUAACUAAUCAUGGUAGUCAAAUCGAAGUUAUGAAUAAGAAUGAUUUGUCAGUUCUUCUGGCUGCUAAUGGUCUUGAAAAAUAUAUUGAAAUAUUUGAAUCUCAUGAAAUUGAUCUGAAGACAUUCUGCUCUCUAAAUGAACAUGAUUUGAUCCAAAUCGGAAUCAAAGCUUGGGGAGCUCGUCGACGCAUGCUAAUGGCCGCUGCUGAUUACACCAACAAAGCAUCACGUGGCCCAUUGCAUUCAACUGGUGAUAUUAAUAUGACUUCAUUAAAUGUUGCACCAGGCGCAGAGAGACGCCACUUUUCUUCUUCUGACCUCUGGCCUUAAAGUUUUUGUGAUACAUCUUAUAGACCAAUGAGCCUCAGUAUAAAUCUAUGCUGUACCUUCCAAAUGAUACCAAUGACGCAAGUAACUAUUUGUUUUGUUUAUUUUUUGUGAUAAUGUUGAUUUCAUUUUUGAACCAAUUUAACUCAAUUUUGCGAAAUGACCUGUGAUAAUUUUUAGUUAGGUCUAAGAUCACUUAGCAUAUUUGCUUGAGAUAUCCUGAAAUAGAGGGUAUGUAAAAAUGACUGAAUUUAUUUGUACCUCGAAUGUGAUUGACUGAGUGUUUCAUAUUGAUAGUAGAUAGUCAAGUCUAAAGACAAUGCAAUAAUACUUUCUUUUUGAAUUUCA